ACUUGUUUUUCAUAUCUCAAGCUCCGCCAUGUUUUGAGGAGAGGUGUGUUGUUUGGAUUGCUAGCAACAUUUUACAUAAACUCUUAUCUGCAAAAUGCACACCUCUCACCGACUUUAAUUUAUUUGUAUACAUGUUAUCGCCCUUGAAGGCUAUUAGGUCGCAGUACAUAAUCAAAUGAUAACGGACCUCCAGCUCUCUUGUGGUUAGCAAUCUUUUGAAGAAGAUUAACAGGGGCUUGCUGCCUCCUACACAGAUUCGUUCGUCUCCUUCUUUCGGAAUGUUCUCAAAAAAGCCUCAUGGGGACGUCAAAAAAUCAACACCGAAAGUGUUGGAUCCCAAAAAAGAUGUACUGACACGCCUAAAACACCUGCGGAUCGUUAUAGAAAAUGCAGAGUCGGGGGACCUGAAGCAUUUCUUUGACCAGUACUACUCUCACAUCUACUAUGUGUUCUUUGAGAACUUUGUUAUCAUUGAAGUCAGUCUCAAACAAAAAGGUCACAAAUCACAAAGGGAAGAACUUGACUCCAUUCUUUUCAUAUUCGAGAAAAUUCUGCAACUCCUACCAGAGCGAAUACAAGCACGAUGGCAGUUCCACAGCAUAGGCCUCAUUCUGAAGAAGUUGUUGCACACUGGGAACUCGUUAAAGAUCCGAAGGGAGGGUGUACGUCUGUUCCUGCUAUGGAUGCAGGCCUUGCAAGGCAACGCACUGAGAGAGCAGCUAUGGAUUUUUGCCUGUCUGAUCCCUGGCUUCCCAUCUCCCCAGUCAGAGCUUGGCCCUCGAACCCUGGACAACCUGGUCAACCCCCCUCUCAGCCUCCAGGAGACUCAAGUGACUCCAGAAGAGAUCAGUCCCCUGGUCCCUCCUCAGGCAGGGGAUAGAGCCCAGGAAGACCUCACAGGAUACUUUCUAGAGGCUCUUCUGAAAUACAUGGCCAAAAGUCUGGAGUGGAAGUGUAAAGACAACCACGAGAAGGGCUUUGCAUUCCUGUUUGGAAACUUCAAGAAAUAUUACCUGCCGCACAUAUUCCCCAACUUCUCCAAGGAGACCAGUUUGUACCAUCCCAUACUGGAGGUUCCUUCGAUGAGACCAAAGCCUUACUACAGUGUGGUGAAGAAAGAACCAGAGACCAACGAGGCAGUGUACUGUACCAAGGAGAGCCUCCUCAAUGCCCGUGUCAUCUUCAUCCGCUGGCUGGUGUCCUUCUGGCUGGAGCCACGCUCCAACACUGGAACACACAUCCCCGGGGUGGACGGAGAGAGGGAGAGCGUUCCAAAGAACAUCCAGAGGGCAGCAGCAGGGCUGGCAGCGCGGGGACAUGGCCUGGGGGAGGACCUGGGCCCCAGGACAGACAGCCUGGACAGAGCGAUUGGGUGUGAGCAGGAGCAGUCCCACUCCAACACCUCCACCCUGACGGAGAGGGAGCCCAGCUCCUCCAGCCUGUGUAGUAUGGACGAGGAGCACCUCACUGACAAGGAGGUGGUGAGACGAGUCCUCUGUUCCUCCAGGACUAACGUCAACUUCAUCACCGAGGUCUUCAGACAGGCCUUCCUGUUGCCGAUGUGUGAGGCUGCAGCCAUGAGGAAGGUGGUGCGGGUGUACCAGGAAUGGUUCGCCCAGGAGGACAAGCCUGUGUUUAUGAGGGAGCCGGAGGAAGAGAGGUUCUUUACCACGGUUGGAGGGAUCAACCUAGAGCCUGUACCCCAGCAGGACGCUGAGAAGGAGGAGGGGGUGAAUAAAGUGUCUGAGAAAGAGCUGCUGGAGUACAGUGUGCAUGCCGGUGUUCAGCCCACUCUACAGGUGUUUGUCACCAACUCUGCCAAUGUUUUUCUGCUGGAGCCAGCCAACGAGCUCAAGGUGUUGCUGGAGGAACAUGUUGACAUGUGCAAGAGGGUCCUCAACAUCUAUCGCAGCCUGGUCAUGCAUGAAACCAUGGACCAGAAGACAUGGGAGCAGAUCUUGCUGGUGCUGUUGAGGGUGACAGAGUGUGUGAUGAGGAGACCUCCCUCCAUCAUGCCCCAUGGCAAGAAGAACAUCACUCUCUCUGGGAGGCUGGCCGGGGCCGUCUUUCAGACCUUGAUAGUGGCCUGGAUCAAAGGGAACCUGAACGUGUACAUCUCCAGGGAGCUGUGGGACGACCUGCUGGCCGUGCUGUCCUCGCUCACCUGCUGGGAGGAGUUGGUCACAGAGUGGUCCCUCACCAUGGAGACGCUCACCAAAGUUCUGGCCCGCAACCUGUACAGUCUGGACCUCAACGAGCUGCCCCUGGACAAGCUGAGCGAACAGAAACAGAAGAAACACAAGGGAAAAGGGGGCGCUCACGAGGGCCAGAAGACUGCUGUGGGCCAUUCGUUCUCUAAGGGCUGGAGCAGGGACCAGCCUGGGAGCGGUCAAGCAGCAGCCAUGAGGCAGCGCAGUGCCACCACCGCUGGCUCCCCGGGUAUGGAGAAGGCCAGGAACAUCAUGCGCCAGAAGACUGUGGCCCUGCGUAGCUGCUCUACGGGCGACAGCUUCCUGUCCCAAGCCUUUAUCCGCAGCGCUAAAAGUGCCCCUGUCCUGAUCCAUCCUCUCCACCCUCUCCUGUCUGACUCUGUCCUCACCUCCCUAGCUGACGAGCUGGCAGAUAUGGAGGACCCCCCCAUGGUCAUGACCUCUCGGGCACCCAGGGUCCGCCACUGCUCCCAGAGCGAGAAUACCCCGGCCUCUGAGGUGUUCUCAGCAUCCAGUGACCUGGAACACCAGGGGCCUCCGCUCCCCCGCAGCAGCAGCGCUUCUGACAUCAUGGAGCCCUUCGUCGCUGAGAGGGUCAAAGGUGCACUUCCUGUCCCCGACAGUCCCCCCUCUCACUCCACCAUCACCGCUGUCUUUGCCCCCCACCACGCCCACCACCCCCCUUGCUCCUCCCGGAGCCACUCCCUGCACCCCCCCAACCCCCACACAGCCCCAGGUAGCAGGGUGGCCUCUCUGGAAGUGGGGGAUAGCAUCUAUGACUACUACCUGUGGCAGAUGAUCGGCCCUCGCCCCCCUGCCCCUGACUGGACAUGUGGUGGAGCCUCCUUCUCCUCCAACCUCACCCAGUCCUCUGAGAGAGAUGAGGAGGGGGAGAUGCAGGGGGAGGAGGACCUGCUUAGCUCUCUCAGGGAGUACCUGAUGCACAUAAGCCUGGAGGGGGGAGAUGGAGGGGGGGAGAGGGGUGGCCCUAGUGACGCUGUGGAGGGUCACACUGUGAUGGUACAGUCAGGGUCACAGCAGGUCAGGAGACAGGUCCAGGUAAGGCAGCAUAGCAUCUUAAACUCAGCAGAAGAGAGCAGUACAGAGGUAGAGCAGCAGCCUGCUGAGAAGAGCAUCUAUGAGUGUUUGGAACAGAGUGAUGACUGGGAGCUGAUCAGCAGGGCGAGCACUAGUCUUGACCAGCAUGUAACUACUCUGGGAACAGAGAAUAGGGAAGAGCCCUACUUGGUCAGGCAAGACGCCACAGAGUGUGAGUAUAAAAAUGAAACAGGAGGUUCAGGCCAAGAGGCCCAUCAGCCCCAGCAGCAGUCCUUCUCCCCCAACCUCCACCACUCCCUGAAGCCCAGGCUGGUCCGGGGUAGGCCCAAAAAGCGCCAUGGGGCAGGGGGAGGGGUACACGUCAGCUUCCGGCCCUCCACAGAGUCUGUCCAGUUCCACAGCCCUCUAGACUCCAAGGAGGCCCACUGGAGGACCAGGCUGCGCCGCCUCAGCCACUUCAGCAGCCACUCUGUAGGAGGGGUGGGGUCUGGAGGGCUGGGGCAGGGUUGGGGGUCAAAGGGUAAAGAUAGGUCAGGAGGGGAGGGGGUGAGCGGAAGUGGGGAGCAGCCGGAACGGGAGGCCAGUGGAGUGGGGGGUCAUGCGACUGAGCCAGGACGUGUCCGUCUGGGGCGCUCCUCCCUUCGGCCUCGUGGGACCCGGUCCAGGUCCCAGGAUGCGGAGUCGGGGCUCAGUCCUUCUCGGCAGCAGCAGGGGGCUCUGUUGGGCGGUGUGUAUAAAUCUGUGGUCCAUGCUCUCUCCAAGCCCAAGGCCCACGCCUCCGGCUCCGCGUCCCCGCAGCGGCAAAGCAAAGCCCCCGGCGUGGCCACAGAGGCGCCCCUGAGGGACCUGUACACUCAUGUAUUGGGCUAUUUUGGAAAGAAAGCACCAGGCAACAAAGAGGACCCUUGUCAGACGAUGCGUGCUGUGCCCAGUGAUAACGGCAACCAAAACUUUGGAGACCUGAUGGACGAAUUUAUCCAAGAGCGUCUGCGAGCGAGAGGCACCUCUGGCAUGAGAAGGCGUGGCAGUAGCCCCUGUGGUCUGGAGAUCCCCAAAGACCUGCCGGAGCUCCUGGGCCGUCAGAACGUCUCACAACCUGUGGACGACCCCGGUGUGCCCUCUGAGUGGAACUCCCCCGCCAGCAGCAGCGACGUCAUCAGCUCCGACAGCCAAUCAGACUCCUUCAACGCCUUCCAGUACGCCAACUGCAAGUUGGAAAAUUUCAGCUUUGGUCCAGAUGGCUGUGGUGCGGGGUCUUUGGACCAGGAUAACGCUAGCCUUGGAGGGCUGCCGCAGACUGCAGAGGAACAGGAGCUGUCCAGCCUCACCACCCUGCACAUAGAUUCAGAGACCAGCAGUCUGAGCCAGCACGGCCUGUCUGCAGACGCCAUCACCAUCACAGGUUCAGAGAGUGCGUCCCCCAUGCAUUCCCUGGGUGGUUCCUGCUCACAGAGCCCGUCUCCAGCCACCCUGACCGCUGAACACAUAGGGCUGCAGCACGAGGACCUGCAGCUGGAUGAGAAACUACAUCACUCUGUACUACACACUCCUGAUGACCUGGAAACCAGUGAGGUUCCUACAGAGGACUGCAGUGUGAUGGCCGGUGGCUCCCUGAUCGGUUGGCACGCUGACGUUGCCACGGUGAUGUGGCGGAGGAUGCUAGGCAUUCUGGGUGAUGUGAACACCAUUAAGGACCCAGAGAUCCACGCGCAGGUCUUUGACUAUCUCUGUGAGCUGUGGCAGAACCUGGCCAAGAUCAGAGAUAAUCUGGGCAUCUCUCUGGACAACCAGUCAUCUCCUCCUCCCCCGGUCCUCAUCCCUCCCCUCCGGAUCCUCACCCCCUGGCUCUUCAAAGCAACCAUGCUGACAGAGAGGUACAAACAGGGGAAGCUACACGCCUACAAGCUCAUCUGUAAGAUCAUGAAGAGGAGGCAGGACGUUUCGCCCAACUCAGACUUCCUCACUCACUUCUACAACAUCAUGCACUGUGGCCUUAUGCACGUCGACCAGGACAUAGUGAACACCAUCAUUAAGCACUGUUCUCCUCGGUUCUUCUCCAUCGGGCUGCCUGGAGCCACCAUGCUUAUCCUGGAUUUCAUCAUCGCAGCCAGCAGAGUCACAGCCUGCUCCUCCCUCAAUGCCCCACGGGUGGAGGCUCAGAUCCUGCUGGGUUCUCUGGUGUGUUUCCCUAACCUAUACGAGGAGCUGCCUGCCCUACACCCCACCACCGCUGACGUGGUCAUGACCAAGUUCAGAGACGUUAAGGAACACAUCAUCAAACACAUCCUGAGUUCAGCCAUAGAUGAGCCUUCAGCCCCAGCCAGGUGUGUGGCCCUGUGCAGUCUGGGUAUCUGGCUGUGUGAGGAGUUGGUCCACGGCACCCAGCAUCCUCAGAUCAAAGAAGCCCUCAAUGUCAUCUGUGUCACUCUAAAGUUUCCAAAUAAAACUGUCGCGCUGGUGGCCUCCGACAUUCUGCACUUGCUCAUAAACUAUGUCGAUGACCUUCAGAAAUUCCCCCUCGACACUCCAAAGAAAAUAGUUGAGAUCCUCAUAGCGACUAUCACUCACCUGCUUCCCACUACAGAAUCCUCGCCUCAUGAACUGGACAAGAGGUUGGUGGUGUCUCUGCUGUUGUGUCUGCUGGACUGGGCGAUGGCUCUGCCUCCUAAAACUUUGCUGCAGCCUGUCCAAACCCUCAGCCCCGACAAGGAGAAGCCAGACAAGUCUGUCCUCAGCUGUAUCUACAAGGUGCUGCAUGGCUGUGUGUAUGGGGCCCAGAACUUCAACAGCCCUAGGUAUUUCCCCAUGAACCUGUCAGACCUGACCAGUCCAGACUACGACCCCUUCCUGCUACUGGAGAGUCUGAAGGAACCAGAGCCCCUCCACUCCCCUGACUCAGAACGCUCCUCCAAACUACAGCCUGUCACUGAGGUGCGGAGCCGUAUCCAGCACGGUCUGAUCUCCAUCGCUGCCAGGACUGUCAUCACCCACCUGGUCAACCACCUUGGGCACUACCCCAUGUCUGGAGGCCCUGCUACCCUGACCAGCCAGGUGUGUGAGAACAUGGACAACCCCUACAGCGAUAGCCCUGACCUGGCCCCAGAGCUCUUUGAUGGGCCCAACCUACAGUUCUUUGUCCUGAAUGGCACCACCCUCCUAUCCUGUCUGCAGGUCCGUGCUGAGGACGGUGUGCCUGGUGGAGGAAUGUCUGCAGGCCUCACCACCACCAGUGCCUGUGUGAGGGUUAUCGUCCGAGACAUCUCCGGAAAACACUCGUGGGAUUCGGCUGUGCUGUACGGGCCACCUCACUGUGGUGUUCCCAAUCAGCCCCUGCACCUCUACAGUAACACACCAACAGAGAGAAUGACUACAGAGGGGGAGAAGAACUGGGUUGGAGACCCUAUAGAGAAGGAAGAAGAGGAGAGGGAAGAGGGGGCAGCACCAGAGGAGGAGGUGGUGGUGUUGGUGCUGGGAGAGGAGGAGCAGGGGGAGGCUGUGGAGGAGGAAGGAGAGGAAGAAGAGGAGGAAGUGGAAGGUGUGUUGGAGCUCAUGGCCCCGCAAGCUAAGCGUGUGUGUCGCGAGGCGGUCCCGUCCUGGAAGUCCCUGCGAGAAGAAGAUGCUCUAGAUGAGAUGCUGCAAUACCUGGCUUACUCCAGCCCCGAGUGCCUUCAGGGUGCCGGAGGCCCCCUUAACAUCCCCGCCCCACCCCCUGUCUGCGUGUCGGAGAAGCAGGAGAACGACGUGAUCAACGCCAUCCUGAAGCAGUGUGCAGAGGAGAGGGACUUUGCGGUGCACAGGGGGAAUGGGCUGAACAUGAGAGCCGUGGAGCAAGGGGAGCCAGGGCCUCAGAGGCCUAAGUCAGCCUUCUACUACUGCAGGCUGCUACUCAACAUCCUGGGCAUGAACUCCUGGGAGAAGAGGAGCAACUUCCAUCUCCUGAAGAAGAACGAGAAGCUGCUUAGAGAGCUUAAGAACCUCGACUCCAGGCAGUGUCGAGAGACGCACAAAAUAGCUGUGUUUUACGUGGCAGAGGGGCAGGAGGACAAGCACUCUAUCCUGUGUAAUACCAGGGGGAGUCAGGCCUAUGAGGACUUUGUCUCUGGGCUGGGCUGGGAGGUGAACUUGACCAGUCACUGUGGCUUUAUGGGAGGUCUUCAGCGGAACAAGAGCACUGGUCUGACCACGCCUUACUUUGCCACCUCCACCGUUGAGGUCAUGUUCCACGUCUCCACGCGGAUGCCCCCAGACUCAGACGACUCACUCACCAAAAAGCUAAGGCAUCUUGGGAAUGACGAGGUGCACAUUGUGUGGUCUGAGCACUCGCGGGACUACAGGAGAGGCAUCAUCCCUACGGAGUUUGGAGACGUCCUCAUUAUCAUCUACCCCAUGAAGAACCACAUGUACAGCAUCCAGAUCCUCAAGAAGCCAGAGGUACCAUUUUUUGGGCCCCUGUUCGAUGGAGCCAUAGUGGAUGAGAAGAUCCUUCCCACCAUGGUCCGGGCCACGGCUCUCAAUGCCAGCAGGGCUCUUAAAUCCCUCAUCCCCCUUUACCAGAACUUCUACGAGGAGAGAGCGCGUUACCUGGAGACCAUCGUACAGCACCACCUGGAGCCAACCACCUUCGAGGACUAUGCAGCAAGAGUCUUCUGCCCCGCUCCCUACCUCCACCUGCCGUCAGACCCCGGCUCAUGCCUCGAGAGUCAGCAGGGAGAAAGUCCAGCAGCAGCGCUUCUAGACGGGGCCGACCAGUUAGCCUUGCCAAUGUCCCCUCGUACUAGCAAGAGCCGUAUGUCCAUGAAGCUCCGACGCUCCUCCGGCUCGGCCAACAAGACCUGAUCGGACUUUCCCUCCGCUGACCCUCCUCCACGCCACACCCAGCGAGAAUUCACAGCCUUCAGAUGAAGAGACUGACUCUCUCUCUCUCUCUGUACCGUACAGCUAGGACUGCACUACACUGCAACUACCAGCCUUUACCUGCUAAAGGCGAUGCAUGGCAUGUUAUGUACUCCAACUACAUGGACAUGGACACACCUGCCCUGCAUGGCCAGACUCCGCAUCUCCCUUACUGUACAACCCUUCCAAGAUGCAGGAUUAGGCCCUUGAACAGAGCCAGGCCCUUGGGGGGCCAGCCCAGGGUCCCCAGGACUGAGCUUGUGCUAUCAAAGCUCCAACAGAAUUAACAUGUCUUUUGGGCAAGGUUUUCUAACUAUGCUCACCACCACAAACUUUGCACUCCAGAGAAAUGUGGAAAGAGAGCAAAAUAUGAUAUAUUUAGAUAUAGAUAUAUUUAAGAAGCAGCAUCGGUUCCGUUGUGUACAGAAAACGUAAAGGCAACAUGACAGAUGUGUAUUUUCAAUGUGAUUAGGAUUGUUGAUGGUUGAAAUCACUUGAUAUUUGACUGAGAUGAGGAGCUAGAGUGUUAUCUCUGCUGUGGUUGUAGCUGUUGUUGUCCCUGAGCAGAGUGAUCAAUAUCUAGUGUGCCAUUGCCCUGGCUCUCUGGGCCUCUGACCCACUAGGAAAGUGAUUGUAAGAACUUGAGCUUGUAAGAAAGUACAAAGAAACACAAAGUAAGAAACAUCUUAUUUUUCAUAUUUGGUCACUGUGUCCACAAUGAGACAUUUAUAUAUUUGUACUAUACUCUGUAUAUACAGAAGAGUUGCCACUUUCUUUAUGCUUGGACUGAAGCAAUGUUGGCUAGUGUUUGAUGAUAAGGAGAUAAACGUUUUGAGGUUGAAAUAAGUUUGUCUAUAGAGUUGUAAGAUGGAAAUUGUUUGGUUAAAGUGAAACAUUUCUUGUUACAUUUUCUUUUGAUUUUCACACUAAACUGUGGAACUGAUUGACUUUCUGAAUAUAAUAUUCACUACUGUUUGCCUUUUUAGGGGUCACAUAACAUUUUUAUUAUGAUUGUACAUUUGGAUUUCACCUGAUAAAGAAUGUUGCAGAUUAGGUUGUUUUGUUCAUAUACAACGUGUUGUAUUGAACCACCCCUUUUUUCCACUCAUGAUGAAUAUAUUAUAUGUAAGGGAUGAACGCAAACGUUAUAUACGUUACCUUGGAAAUAAUGGACCCUAGGUAAUGUACAGAACGUCAGCGUUUAUCCCACUCAUACCACAGUUGCCAAAGAAAACAAUACUAAAGCACACAUUUACCUGUAGAAAUAAAAUGGUUUUGUUUUAUAUUUUUAGAAGUUAAUUUAUACUUCCUCGUCUUCUGGUUGCCAGAGACGCGACCCAGUCGUUCGUUCGAUUAGUACUAUGUCUCGUUACUUUAGUUCGAUCACUAUGCAGGCUGGCAAUGUUCUUCUCUCGUCAUGUAGCAUAGCUAGUUUAUCCCGUGAUUGCACAUGUGGGACUAUUUGACAGCACGGUUCGUAGGCUAAAAAGGCUAAGGUUUAGCUAUAUAUUUAAUGGCUUAAAAAUACAUAUUUCAUCAAUAUAAAGGCAGUGUGCAGAUAUGUUUCCUUUGACGUUAUUGGAUUGUUUCCAACACAAGAAAAUAACUCCGAUGUGCAAGUACUUUUUUUCUUCUUCCAGUUUUCAAUAUAAUAAUGGCAUCAAAAAAACGAAUCAAUAUGAAACGUUUUUUUUAAAGAAACACCAAGACAGCCUACAUUUAAAAAAGUAAGAUUCAAAUAAUGCAAUAAGUUGUUUUGAUGUCAGGGGUUAACCAGCUUGUUAGGUUCUUCGGAGCUAGUUGUCUUGCCAGCUACUUGUUAAAAUUUAAUUGGAUGCUGCCAUUAAUGGUGAAAUGGGACAUCUUCAAGCCGCGGGGUAAGUCGAAUGACUCACUCGCUUGGUACCAUUUCCAUCUGUUUGUAUUGUUGUUGUUACUGCUGCUUGUGGUGGGGCUUUGUGGGCUCUCUACCUCAGAUGAGAGGAGGUGAUUCCAGCGCUUCCUCUCUGUCACAGAAGGCGCCCAGUAGCUCCUCAAACUGCUCUCGCACCUGUGCCUGGUUACAUUUAUAACUUGUAUGUACACCAGACCGGCAUUCGAUAGCAGCUCCACGGCUGUGCUCCGGAGGCUGCGGGUCGUGUAGUGCAUUGACAACCCGGCCUAUUCGUUGAGACACGGUAACAGGUUGCCGAGGUAGUGUACCACCAUCGGCUCUUAGAGUAGCCUACCAAAUGUCCUUCUUUGUUCAACUUGUGGGGACCGCAGUGGGUGGCGGUAAAGGGAUGUAGCGUCUUGGGGACACUUGGAGAGGUAUGUUUUCAAACUUGCCCGUGGGCGGUUUGGGUUGCCGGGCAAAGUAAAUAUUAACCCUUUGUGAUUCUCCUCAUUCGGCUCGUUCGCCUCUUGGUGGUUUUUCGUCUCUGCAUUGUGGAAGAGACGGAGGUGGCCGAAUCCACUCCAUCCUCGUCCGUCUUGACCUGGAAAGAGGAAGGUCUCAGUCUCGAUUUCCCUCUGGCCCCACGCUUAGCGAGAUACAGCUGGAUAACCAGCCUUCCUCACUAGACCUGUAGCUGUGUCGGGGGAAACCACAGGGGACUCUAGUAGCAGCUGGAGGUCAGCAGUAGAUAUGGGAAGGGGGAAGUGCUGACGACUUUCCCCGAUCUCCUAUACCUCUUCACAAGGGACUUGAAGAAGUCCUUGCAUGUUUUGAAGCUGUCAUUGGUCAUGAUGAUGUGCCGCAUUACAUGAUUUAUCCCGGCUACACAAAAUGAGGUACCGAGUACUCCUGUCCAUUUGUUGCGCGGAGGAUAUUGUUUAGCUCUUCUGGCCGGCAGCUGUCAAAUGUCCUUAUUCUCCUUGAGCCAAUCCCUUACUGUUUUAACUACGUAUUCUAUUGUUUUUCUCAUUAAUUGUUUUUCUUCAUGUCGCUCCACUUCAAUUUUGGUGAGCGUCACGUCCAUAACUGUCUGCUCUCUGUGCGUUUUCUAUUUAUAUUGAUAAAGGGACUUUAUUUCCACCAUUCAGGCUUAGGAUAACUCUUCGAAUUUAUAAAAAAUAAAAUGUCAUAAUUCCUCCAUCUUUUCUCAAUGUUUUAGGCUUGUAGCUAGGUGUAGGCUAAUCGUUGUAAAGUAGCUACUUUGUUUCACUGUCAGUUGUAAAUAUGUUGGCUCUUGUUACUUGUCUACGUCACGUGAUGUUUUCAUUCAUAAAUAGUUUUCAUUCAUAAAUGUGUAGUGAUUUAGAAUGUCCCGUUAUCUGGUUUUAAUGGCCAUUCUAGAAUGCCCUUCUAGCCAAUCAUAUCUGAGUUUUCAACAAUGCUGUGGUAUAGAUAUAGUGUUGAGGACAAUACCUGAACUGUGUACAUAUUUGAAUAUAGCUUCCAAAAAAUACCAAACCUAUAUUACCCUCAAGCCACGUAGACCAACAGUUGAAGGUGUGAUCAAGUCUUCUGCUUAUUUCAUAUGAGAGGUCUGCAGCGUUUGACCUCUUCACAAAGCUUUCCUGCUGAAGUUGGCCAAUACAAAUAACGCGGUAGCUUUAUCCACAGCUAGAACAAACUAAUGUAUGUUACGGUUCAGUGUCUGUCUGUGCAACAACACAAAGGAGGAUGGAAAGACAAGAGCAUCAAGCAGGUCUUCACUCCAGUUCCCAACACUGUCCAUCUGUAAGACAACUAGCACAGAGCAAACGCUGCAUUUACAUUUUUUCUAGCAUUAUUUGCUUUCAGCUAUAGGUUCUCUACCAGAGAGGAAAGGGACUGUAAAUGCCUGUUUUGGACCUUUCGGUUGAACGGUUAUAUCUUUUAAAAACUGCUACCAUGUCGAAGGUCAAAUCCACGUUAUUUUUGUGUUAUGUUUGAAUAUAUGAGUGAGGUCAGUUCUGAUUUAUUUUUUUAAUUAUUUUUUUAAAUGGCAGAGGAUGAGAACUAAAAACUUGCCAGAGAGCGAGAAAAUCAUGCUGCAUCCUUUACUUGAGGCUGAUGAGAUUGGAUGAGAUUGGUUAGCUCUCUCCCUGCACUCAGAGGUGACUGAAACCUGUGCAUACUGUAAAGUGAGUUUAUACUGUAUGUUACUAUUGACCAAAUGCUGCAUGAUGCCAGUACUAAUUGCAUGUGUUGCUAUAACGACUACACAACACGCACACACAAUUAAAAUAGUAUUGUCAAACUUGUAAUAUCUACACAUUUGUAAUGGUUGUUCCAGGAGGAGAGUGGCUGUGGAAUGGAAUUUGACAAUAAAACAUUCUUACCACAA